AUGCAGAGAUUGGUAAAACAAAAGAUUACUAUUGAAAUCGUCGACGAAGUGCGUUUGUUGCCCAAUGCCAUCUUUCCAGUCUCCGGAAGAAGAGAUAAUGGAGAAAGACAAACAGGGGAGAGAAGAGUGGAUCAGGAACAGAGUCGAAUGUAUCCAAAUGUCGUCUUCUCUUUAUGCAGCGAGCCUGCGACACUCAAAUUAAAAAUUCGGUUUGGAAAGCUUGAUGCUGUGGACCUGAGGCUUCUGUUUUGUCCCCUUGAAAUGCAAUGAUGGAAUUGCAAAUUGUCCCUCAGACGUGUUACUCUCUUAUUGGUUCACAGUGAAAUUUCCUAAGGCCCCACUUGCGUUCGGAGUUUAAAGUUGCUGCUUUUAUCACCAUCCGACAUCCGUCUUCAAGAUCCUUUCUACGUGCAACAACAUCAAACUCUUGAGUCUUGCUUGACCAAGAAAAUAAA